AUGAUACUGAGAACAGUCCCCCGGGGCAUCGUCCUUUUUCUCCUACUUACGGGAUCGAUCGCUGCUCAGGACGACGACUCACUGGCUGGUAGCUUCUUUUCAGGUUUAUUAGACUCCAUAACAAGUACAGCCAACAGCGCGGACUGUCCAGGGGUAUGUGUGCAUGCGUUUGCAACAUUAAUAUGUUACGAAGUUCUCGAGCAUGUACAAUGCCCUACCAGUAUGCGAUGUUGCAUCGAAGCACCAAUAAACGGUACCGCGAGUUCUGAAAACGAUGUAGAUGACGAUAGUUUGGUAUCAACAGCAAUCACUACUGUGAAGACUGUAACGACGACAGCUCCAAACACGACCACACUUUCGACAACUACACCACCUACGACUGUAUCGUCGAUGGCCACGCCAAAAACCACCUCUGAUAAUCAGAUGGAAACAGUCAACAAAACAUCGACGAAAACAUGUACUGGAAUUUGCAUGGCCGAGAGAAUAGCCGAUUACUGCGAUGCUGUUCUCGUAAUAGACAGUCUAUGCAAACCAGGAUACAAAUGUUGCGUAUCUAGAGACGCGUUUGGAGAUUCUCCGCCGCCUGAAUUAUUGGUGAUUGACAGAACGAAUUCGAGUCGUUUCGACGAGAAAACUGGUGUCAGCACGUCGUACAAGGGCCCUCCAUCUUCCACGUCUGCGAGACCAAACACGUCUGUCUCUACAAGCAUAGUUACAACCACAGCGGCUACCACCGAUAUAAUGACGAAACAACCAGCGACCACGACGAGACCAAAAAUUACACCGAAAAAACCGUGCAAGGGCGAAUGCGUUAGCGGAUUUUUCGCGCUUCUUUGCGACAAAGUAGAUGGAGAAGCCGAAUGCCCCGACGAUGGAUCCUGUUGCAUCAUCGAUGCAUUCUUGAAAACGGAAACAACGACGACAGUCCGACCCACCACGAAAUCACCACAGCCAAAGUUACAACCGUGUCCUGGAUUUUGCUUGUUGACCAUUAUGGCGGCAUUCUGUGAACGACCGAAUCUGAUAAUAGCAAAGACAACGACCUGCCAGUCUGGGUCAAUCUGUUGCGACAACACGAAAAGUUCACCGCAGACUCCAAGGCCGAGGCCAAGACCCACACCGAGACCACAAAUUACAACUGUUUCUUUGCCACCAGAUCCUCGCCAAGAGUGCCCAGGAUCCUGUAUCGUUUCCUAUUUAUCUUUCACUUGUUUCAGAAAUGCCGAACUGACGAAUUUAUUCAAAUGCAAGAAACAAGGACGUCAGUGUUGCGCGCCAAAAUCGUUGAUUCGAGAAUUCAGUAGUGGAAAUUCGAGCGAGCCAAUUUUGACUAAUAGAAACGAUACCAUGUAUGUUACAUCGAGACCGUAUACAACGCUACCUACAACGACAAUAUAUGAAACAACAACGAUGACAACAACUAUGAGAAGUCCUGUGUACAGUAAGUAUGUAUGUGGUGUAAAAGGCACUUCUCGCGGACCGAUCCAAGCUCGUAGCUUGGAUAGAGGAGCACGUGUUGUUGGGGGAGAAGAUGCAGAUGCGAAUGAAUGGUGUUGGCAAGUUGCUUUGAUUAAUUCCCUUAAUCAAUAUCUCUGCGGAGGCGCGCUCAUCGGAACUCAAUGGGUUCUUACAGCAGCACAUUGUGUUACAAACAUCGUGAGAUCCGGGGACGCAAUUUACGUGAGAGUUGGCGAUCAUGAUUUAACUCGAAAAUAUGGGAGUCCCGGUGCUCAGACUUUACGUGUGGCAACAACUUAUAUUCAUCAUAAUCAUAACAGUCAAACUUUAGAUAACGAUAUUGCAUUGUUAAAACUCCACGGGCAAGCAGAGCUUAAAGAUGGCGUUUGCCUUGUAUGUUUACCUGCAAGAGGAGUUAGCCAUACAGCUGGUAAACGAUGCACUGUUACCGGUUAUGGAUACAUGGGGGAAGCUGGCCCCAUCCCUCUCAGAGUACGCGAAGCUGAAAUACCAAUCGUGAGCGAUGCAGAAUGUAUAAGAAAAGUGAAUGCUGUAACCGAGAAGAUCUUUAUCUUACCAGCAAGUAGUUUUUGCGCUGGCGGGGAACAAGGGAAUGACGCAUGUCAGGGGGACGGAGGAGGUCCUCUAGUAUGCCAAGAUGAUGGAUUCUACGAAUUGGCUGGACUUGUUUCAUGGGGUUUUGGUUGUGGAAGACUGGAUGUUCCUGGCGUUUACGUCAAAGUUUCGGCGUUUAUUGGUUGGAUCAACCAAAUUAUUUCCGUUAAUAAUCUUUAG